UAAAGAAGAAAAGACAAAAAAAAAAAAAAGAUUAAAAAUUUAAUUUGUGAUCUCUUCGUUUUCUUUUUGAUUUAGUAAAUCUUUAAAGCGCGUUAUUAAAGGGUUGAUUUUUUGUAAGAAAACCAAUGAAUGAAAUUGAGUUAAAUUGGAUUGUGAAAGAAACAUAUAAAAAAUAUAUUUUGUGCAAUAAUUUUUUUUGAAACACAGAGGAAUAAUCCUUACAAUUAUUAUUUACUAGACACAUUAACAUAACAUUAAGUUAAAUUAUUAAGAAAAAUUGCAAUUAAUUUUUAAGAAAAUUAAAAGUAACAAAAAAAAAAAAAAAACAAUAACAAUUAUUUUAAAACGAUAACAGAAAUCUUUGUCAAAAUGAGUGUGUGUGAAAAUAAUAAUUCAGUACAACCACAACAUCAUCAUCAACCGGCUCAACAGCAGCAACAACAGCAAAGCACACAAAGCAUUGCCGAUUAUUUGGCUCAGCUACUAAAGGAUCGAAAACAAUUGGCCGCAUUCCCCAAUGUUUUCAAUCAUGUGGAACGUUUACUCGAUGAAGAAAUUGCCCGUGUACGCGCUUCACUGUUUCAAAUAAAUGGUGUAAAAAAAGAACCUUUACAGUUGCCUGAGCCUGAAGGACCUGCAGUCUCCUUAAAUGAAAAAGUCUAUGUACCUGUGCGGGAACAUCCAGAUUUUAACUUUGUCGGUCGAAUUUUGGGUCCCCGUGGUAUGACCGCCAAACAAUUGGAACAAGAGACUGGUUGUAAAAUUAUGGUUAGAGGCAAAGGUUCGAUGAGAGAUAAAAAGAAGGAAGACGCUAACAGAGGUAAACCGAACUGGGAACACUUAUCAGACGAAUUACAUGUUCUGAUAACUGUUGAAGACACAGAGAACCGUGCCAAAAUCAAAUUAACUCAGGCCGUGAAUGAGGUGCAAAAGCUUCUCGUGCCGCAAGCUGAAGGCGAAGAUGAACUUAAAAAACGUCAACUUAUGGAAUUAGCUAUAAUUAAUGGCACGUAUAGGGAUACCACCUCAGCGAAAAAUGCCGCUCAAGUUUGUGAAGAUGAAUGGCGUCGCGUAGUUGCUGCAGCCUCGGCCGAUAAUCGUCUGUUGACGCCUGCUUUGCCAGGAUUGGCUCAACAGAUGCGCGCUCCUACAGCGGCUCCUUUGGGGGCGCCUCUAAUACUGUCACAGCGUAUGACAGUGCCAACCACGGCGACGGCCAGCAUAUUGUCGGGCACUCCCGCUCCUGCUACCUUUGAGAAUGCCGCUCAUGGCAUGAUAUUUGCUCCCUACGGCGAUUAUACAAACUAUGCUGCCCUCACCGGCAAUCCUUUGCUGACGGAAUACGCAGAUCAUAGCGGUUGGCAACAUCCUAACUGGCAUCUGUGUCACGUUUCAUGGCGAUAUGUUUGGUAAUUUGUCCAAAAAAAAAAAAAAAAAAAAAAAACAUUUUUCAAUAGAGUUUCAAGAGAUUACCUGCCAGAACUCGCCAGACGAUCCCAAAAUCGGGCAGACACGAUACGAAUUGAAUUGCUUUGGGGGAUAAAAGUCUUGAAAAGAAUACAAAUGCCGGAGUGUAAUGAUGAUGAUGCGUUAUCGUGAGAUCGAAACGAAGCCUUGCCUGCCUAUAAUCCUUGCGAAGAAGUUCUUAAGCCACACCACCACAUCACGAUAAUUGAAGAAAGCUUUACUCGGACUACUUUUUGAUCACAGUAAUGCAAACGGUUACAAAUAAUGGCUUUUCAUCAUUUUAUUAUAUUUACUUAAAAUUUAAACGAAAAUAUUACCCUACACUUUUUCACAAAAGGCAGAUGACAAACUAAAACUCCCUCAUCCCUUAUAGGAAAGCAAAGAAUAGUUUUUACCCUGCAUCAUAAACUAAAUCAGAUAAGUCACU